GAAUUUAGUAUCUUUCAUCGGAAAGCCACCCUCCGACCUCAUUUUCUAGAGAGAGAGAAAGAGAAGAAGGUAUGGCCUCCACCUUCUUUUAUUUUUUCUAGGGUUAGGUUUUCUUCCAUUCUACACAACCUGCCCCAUCACCACUUUGAUCGUUCUCUAUCUAACUUUAUGUAUUUUAUCUCUCAAUAACUUCCCUUUUCCCGCCGACCCACUGUUUAUCGAUUCUUAUCUACUUCGAUUACUAUGCUUUAAGCUCAACUUGGAGUUGAAGAAGCUGGGUAUAUACAGAAUUCAUUCAAAUUUUCUACAGUUUUCAGUCUGCUGAUGAAAGGUACCUUCUUUUGCAUGAAGGAGAUAUAUUUGUCUAUAUUCUGAGAAAAAAAUCAUUUCUUGAUCGAGUAAUCGGUGGAUAUUCGAAAGUCUUCUUUGGUUUGGUCAACGAAAUUAUUGACUUGGUCUUCUGUAAAUGGGUGCUGGGAGUUCGAUUAGGUUGACAUGUGAAGGUGUAGCUGGAGUUAUUAAAGCAUUGAAAGUAGAAUUCUGAUGUUGGGUUUGAUUAAUGAGAUAAAAUGAGAUGUCGGGGAUUAAUCUGAGUGUUGCAAUAUGAGCUACAGUGAAACUAGUAGUGGAGAGGAAAGAGUACAUGAUAGAUCAACAACCACAAGCAAAUCGGUUGAACCGGUUGUACAGAAUGGAUUGGUUUCUGCUAUGGAGCCAAAACUUGAUGAGAGUUUGCUUAUUGAUCCUAAAGUUCUGUUUAUUGGAUCAAAACUUGGUGAGGGUGCUCAUGGGAAAGUUUAUGAAGGAAGGUAUUUAAACCAAAUUGUUGCAGUAAAAGUUCUUCAUGGGGACACAUCUGUGGACAAGACUGAGCUAGAAAGUCGAUUUGUCCGUGAAGUCAACAUGAUGUCCAAAGUGAAACAUGAGAACCUUGUGAAAUUUAUUGGAGCUUGUAAUGAUCCUUUGAUGGUCAUAGUUACUGAGCUCUUACCAGGAAUGUCUCUUCGGAAAUAUUUAUCCAGUCUCCGUCCAACAAAAUUAGAUCUUCAUUUGGCUUUGAGUUUUUCCCUUGACAUUGCUAAAGCUAUGGAUUGUCUACAUGCAAAUGGGAUCAUACACAGAGAUCUAAAGCCUGACAAUAUACUGCUAACGGCUGAUAAAAAAUCCAUCAAGCUUGCGGAUUUUGGACUUGCAAGGGAAGAAUCUGUUACGGAAAUGAUGACAGCGGAGACUGGAACUUAUAGAUGGAUGGCUCCUGAGUUAUAUAGCACUGUGACGUUACGUCAGGGGGAGAAAAAACAUUACAACAAUAAGGUUGAUGUCUACAGUUUCGGCAUUGUCUUAUGGGAAUUACUGACCAAUCGAAUGCCAUUUGAAGGCAUGUCAAAUUUGCAAGCUGCAUACGCCGCCGCUUUUAAGCAGGAGAGGCCUGGUAUUCCCGAUGAUAUAGCUCCAGAUCUUGCAUUCAUCAUACAGUCAUGUUGGGUUGAGGAUCCAAACAUGCGACCCACUUUCAGUCAAGUAAUCAGAAUGCUGAACGCAUUUUUCUUCACCCUUAUGCCAGAAUCCUCAAAGUCCUCAACCGUAUCUCAAACUGACGAUUCCACAACUGGAGCGAGUACUAGUAGUAACAAUGGGACUCUAGUAGAAAUGUCUGCACGAGCCAGAGGAGGGAAAUUCGCGUUUAUUCGUCAGCUAUUUGCUGCCAAGAGAGGAAGGAAUUCUUUGAGUGGAUAAACAGGUAAAUGUAGGAGAUAGAUUUUAUAACAUGAAAUCACUAUGAUGAUGAUGAUAUCUAUAAUAUAUGUUAAUCUAUAGAUGAAAUAGUGGUAGAACAAUGUCACUUGGUAUGAUGAAUACAUUCAGAAAUAAAUAAAUUUUAUGUCUUUUUAACA